CCUGUGACCUGCAGGUACUGGGAGAUCUGUUGGGAGGACAUCGGGACAUCCGGGGAGCUGGGAAAUGCUUUUCCCUUUCCUGGUGAUCCCAAGUUUCUCUGCAGCAGCCUCUGUCACCCUGUGACCUGCAAGUACCCGAGAUCUGUAGGGAGGACACCGGAACAUCCCGGAAGCUGGGAAAUGGGAGUGUUGACAUUCAAGGACGUGUCUAUUGAAUUCUCUAUGGAAGAGUGGGCCUGCCUGGACCCUGCUCAGCAGCAUUUGUAUCGGGAAGUCAUGUUAGAGACUUACAGAAACCUGGUCUUCCUGGGUCUUGCUGUCUCUAAGCCAGAACUCAUCACCUAUCUGGAGCAAAGCAAAGAACCCUGGAAGGCGAAGACACACCAGACACUAGUCAAGCACCCAGCUCUAUGUACUCAUUAUACUGAAGACCGCUUUCAAGAGUGGGGCGCAAAUAUUUUAUUUCCAGAGAUGAUCCUGACCAGAUAUCAAAGCUAUGGCUCUGAGAAUUUAAACUUAACAAAAAAUUGGGAAAGUAUGUAUAAGUGUGAUGGGCAGAAAGUAUGUUACAGUGGACUUCACCAAUGUUUAACAGCUACCUACAGCAAAGUCUUCCAAUGUAGUAACUCUUUGAACACCUUCAGAAAAUUGUCAGAUCUCAAUAGACAAACAAUGAUACAUACCUUAGAGAAAACUUUUAAUUGUAAAAGCUAUAAGAAAACCUCUAACUUCUGCUUACAUGUUACAGAUAAUAAGAUCACUCAUAUUGGAAAAAAACAGUCCAAAUGUGAAGAAGGUAGCCAAGUUUUUCAGUCUUGCUCAAGAUUCAAUACUGGAGAGAAACUGGACAAGUGUGAAAAUAAUGGCAAAUGUCUUAGUCACAGUUCAAAAUAUUGUAACCAUGAGAAUUUUGAUACUGGAGAAAAAACCUGUAAUUAUACGUUAUGUGACAAACUUACCAAGCAACACUCACACAUUUCUGGACAAAAAAGAAUGGAUUCUGCAGACAAACCCUUCAAAUGUGAAGAAUGUGGCAUAACAUUUAACCAGAACUCUCUUCUAUUUAGACAUCAAAGAAUUCAUUCUGAAGAUAAACCCUACAAAUGUCAGGAAUGUGGCAAAGCCUUUAACAAGUACUCAAACCUUUCUGUACUUCAAAGAAUUCAUUCUGAAGAGAAACCCUAUGGAUGUGAAGAAUGUGGCAAAGCCUUUAAACACUACUCAGACCUUUCUAGACAUCAAAGAAUUCAUUCUGGACAGAAACCCUACAAAUGUCAAGAAUGUGGCAAAGCCUUUAACCACCACUCAAACCUUUCUAGACAUCAAAGAAUUCAUUCUGGAGAGAAACCCUACAAAUGUCAAGAGUGUGGAAAAGCCUUUAAUCAGUACCCACACCUUUCUAGACAUCAAAGAAUUCAUUCUAGAAGGAAACUCUGCAACUGUCAAGAGUGUGGCAAAGCCUUUAACCAAAACUCAGACCUUUCUAGACAUCAAAAAAUUCACUCUGGAGAGAAACCCUACAAAUGUCAAGAAUGUGGCAAAGCCUUUAACCGGUACUCACAACUUUCUAGACAUCAAAGAAUUCAUUCCGGAGAGAAACCCUACAAAUGUCAAGAAUGUGGCAAAGCCUUUAACCAGCACUCAGACCUUUCUAGACAUCAAAGAAUUCAUUCUGGACAGAAACCCUACAAAUGUCAAGAGUGUGGCAAAGCCUUUAACCACUACUCAAACCUUUCUAGACAUCAAAGAAUUCAUUCUAGAGGGAAACCCUACAAAUGUCAAGAGUGUGGCAAAGCCUUUAACCAGUACCCACACCUUUCUGUACAUCAAAGAAUUCACUCUGGAGAGAAACCCUACAAAUGUCAAGAAUGUGGCAAAGCCUUUAGCCGGUACUCACACCUUUCUAUACAUCAAAGAAUUCACUCUGGAGAGAAACCCUACAAAUGUCAAGAAUGUGGCAAAGCCUUUAACCGGUACUCACACCUUUCUAGACAUCAAAGAAUUCACUCUGGACAGAAACCCUACAAAUGUCAAGAAUGUGGCAAAGCCUUUAACCACCAGUCAGACCUUUCUAGACAUCAAAGAAUUCAUUCUGGAGAGAAACCCUACAAAUGUCAAGAGUGUGGCAAAGCCUUUAACCAGUACCCACACCUUUCUGUACAUCAAAGAAUUCACUCUGGACAGAAACCCUACAAAUGUCAAGAAUGUGGCAAAGCCUUUAACCACCACUCAGACCUUUCUAGACAUCAAAGAAUUCAUUCUGGAGAGAAACCCUACAAAUGUCAAGAGUGUGGCAAAGCCUUUAGCCGGUACUCACACCUUUCUAUACAUCAAAGAAUUCACUCUGGAGAGAAACCCUACAAAUGUCAAGAAUGUGGCAAAGCCUUUAACCACCACUCAGACCUUUGUAGACAUCAAAGAAUUCAUUCUGGAGAGAAACCUUACAAAUGUCAAGAAUGUGGCAAAGCCUUUAAUCAGUACCCACACCUUUCUGUACAUCAAAGAAUUCACUCUGGGGAGAAACCUUACAAAUGUCAAGAAUGUGGCAAAGCCUUUCACCAGCACUCAGACCUUUCUAGACAUCAAAGAAUUCAUUCUGGAGAGAAACCCUACAAAUGUCAAGAAUGUGGCAAAGCCUUUAACCAGUAUUCACACGUUUCUGUACAUCAAAGAAUUCACUCUGGAGAGAAACCCUACAAAUGUCAAGAGUGCGGCAAAGCCUUUAACCACUACUCAAACCUUUCUGUACAUCAAAGAAUUCACUCUGGAGAGAACCCCUACAAAUGUGAAGAGUGCGGCAAAGCCUUUAAUAUGUACUCACACCUUUCUGUACAUCAAAGAAUUCACUCUGGACAGAAAUCCUACAACUGUCAAGAAUGUGGAAAAUCCUUUAAGUACUACACAAGCUUUUCUAGACAUCAAAGAAUUCACCCUGGAGAUUAACCCUACAAAUGUGAAGAGUGUGGCAAAGCUUUUAACUGUGACUCAAACCUUUCUGUACAUCAAAGAAUUCACUCUGGACAUAAAACUUACAAAUUUAGAGAAUGCAUGCACUAAAGCCAUUUUCCUUAGUUAAAC